CUGACCUCAAAGCCGCCAUAGAUUCUGACCUCCACGUGAGACGUAGUUGCCGUCAGCACGGCCCGUGUAGCCACCAACCCCUAAGCCCUCACUAGAUCAGCAAUCGCCACCAGAUCGGACCCUUGCAGUUCGGCGUUCUAGUAAGCUAGCAGAUCUUCCCACGGAUUUAGUUUCCACCGUAACGGAGCACUGCUGCUGAGCACGUCUCGUUGUAAUCACACCAUGACGGACGCUGCUGGUUCGGUCGUUCCACGUCAUCUUCUCUCCAUAACCAUCUGCGCGGCGGCUGCUGGUUUCAUCGCGGCCGCGGCUCUGACGUACUACUACCGCCAGCGGCGGCAACGGCGCGAGCAGCGGGCGACAGACGGCGACGACGAGGCGGAUGCAGCGGUCCCGUUGAUCGCGGGCAACGCCGCCGCCGAGCCGGAUCCCACGCCUGCCGAGGCGGCGCCUCCGGGUGGUGAGGUGGCGGGCGGGGGUGCGGUCGCGGAGCGCGCAGGCGAAGCGUCAGUGGCGGGGAAGGCGAGCGCGGGCGGCGAGGGCGAGGGGGAGCGCGGCGUGCUGGUGGUGUACUGCAGCCAGACGGGCACGGCGCGACGACUGGCGGGCGCGCUGGUGGACGAACUGACGCGCGACGGCGUCGCAUGCCAGUUGCAAGACCCCGUGCUGUACGAGCCCGAGGAUCUUCCCAAGGAGCGCGCUCUGCUGCUCGUGGCGUCCACGUGGCAGCACGGCUCGCCGCCCGACCACGCCGCCUUCUUCCUGCGCUGGCUGCACGAGAGCGCCUCCGACUUCCGCGUCGGCGCCGCGCUCCUCGCGCCGCUGCGCUUCGGCGUCUUUGGGCUCGGGAGCUCCGCGUACGACGAGGCGGAGGGGGGAGAAGAGGGGGGAUCGGGUGAAGGAGGGGAAGGGCAAGGGGAGAAGGCGGAAGGGGAGGGGUGUUGUAACGGAGGAAUCGGUGAUCGCGGGAGUGAGGGUGGGCGGUGCGGGGAAGGGAGCGCUGUGUGCUGUAAAGAGGAGAUUAAGGGGGGAAAUUCAAGGGGAGACGCGGGCGGAGGGAAAGCGGGGGAGGGUUGUGAGUGCAGCGCGAGCGGCGGCAGCAGGGGCGGGCGGUAUUACAACGCGGUGGCGCGCGCAGCAGACGCGGAUCUAGCGGCGCUGGGGGCGUGGAGGCUGGCGCGCAUGGGGGAGUACGAUGAGGCGGAGGGGGAUGACGUGGACAGUGUGUUCCGCGACUGGGUCCACGCUGUCAAGGCCGCAUUGGCUGCUGCGAAGGGUGCUGCGGGCGCUACUGGGGAGGGCGGAUCGGGUGAACGGGAGACCGCGAAAACUGGCGCGGAGGGGGAAGAGGAGGAGGAGGAGGAGGAAGAUGAGGAGUACGAGGAUUACGAGGAGGAGGAGGACGAGGAGGAGGGGGGGCGCGUGGAGCCGGAGGGGUUCGUGGACUUGGAGGACAUGGCGGGGCGCCACGCGGACAGCCUGGGCGCCUGGGACUUUGGCGGCGUGUACACAGGCCCCGCGGGGGUGAAGAAGAAGUGGUUCGUGCGCAGUGGGAAGAAGGGCAAGGGGGAGGGCGCGGGGAGGGGUGGGCGGGGGAAGAGCGGGGGGACAGGCGGGGCAGGAGGUGGGAGUGGGGCGGCGGCGGCGGCGGAGGGUCCGAGGGAGAUGGUGACGCCCGUGCUGCGCGCUAACCUGGAGAAACAGGGCUACCGCGUGCUGGGGUCGCACAGCGGCGUGAAGGUGUGCCGGUGGACCAAGGCGCAGCUGAGAGGGCGAGGCGGCUGCUACAAGCACUCCUUCUACGGCAUCCAGAGCCACCUGUGCAUGGAGGCGACGCCCAGUCUGGCGUGUGCCAACAAGUGCGUCUUCUGCUGGCGCCACCACACCAACCCCGUUGGCAAAUCCUGGCGCUGGAAGGUGGAUGAGCCGGAGGACAUAGUGGAGGGGGCACUGGCAGGCCACGUUCAGAUGAUCCGACAGAUGAAGGGUGUGCCAGGCGUGAAGCCGGAGCGGUUAGCAGAGGCGAUGAGCCCGCGGCACUGUGCGCUGUCGCUGGUGGGCGAGCCCAUCAUGUACCCGCACAUCAACCGCCUGCUCGCCCUGCUGCACUCGCGCCGCAUCUCCUCCUUCCUCGUCACCAACGCGCAGUUCCCUGACAAAAUCACCGACCUGCACCCCGUCACCCAGCUGUACGUGAGUGUGGAUGCGGGCACCAAGGAGUCACUCAAGGCCAUCGACCGCCCGCUCUUCGGGGACUUCUGGGAGCGAUUCACGGCAUCGUUGUCCGCGCUGCACAGCAAGCAGCAACGCACGGUGUACCGGCUGACGCUGGUGAAGGGGUGGAACACGGACGAGCUGCUGGCGUAUGCACAGCUGCUCAAGCUGGGGCAGCCGGACUUCAUUGAAAUCAAAGGCGUCACCUACUGUGGCAGCACGGGAGCGUCGUCUCUGACGAUGCAGAAUGUGCCGUACCACGAGGACGUGCGGCAGUUUGCAGCAGCGCUGGCGCGCGCGGCAGGCGAGGCGGGUGCGGGGGAGUAUGAGCUGGCGUGUGAGCACGAGCACUCGUGCUGCGUGCUGCUGGCGCAGACCAGCAAGUUCAAGGCGCCCGACGGCACGUGGCACACAUGGAUCGACUAUGACAAAUUCCACCAGCUGGUGGCGAGUGGGCAGCCUUUCAGCAGCAGCGACUACACGGCCCCCACGCCGCCCUGGGCCGUGUACGGCGCCAAGGAGGCGGGGUUCGACCCGCAGGAGACGCGCGUGCGCAGGGAGAAGAAGGCAGGCACACAGUGAGGGGCAUGAGGAUUGGAGGGGUUGAAUAGCAAGGGGGGCGGGGGGAGGGAGAGGGGUGAGAAGUUGUGUGGAGUGCGUUAUGCUUGAUGGGUUACUCAUUACGUUGUACUGCCAUGAGUUACUCAUUCAUUUGCUGUAGUGGGAAAUGCAUAUACCGGUACCAG